AAAAGUGCAAUACAAAGUUACAAAAUAAACAAUCUAGACUAGAUUAGCGCUAUUUGCAUGGCAUGGCGUCGACUAAUAAUAAAGAUGAGAAGCCGGCGGCUCUUGAAGAUGAAGAAUGGUGUACAAUUGAGGCAUCGGUUGUUACAGGGUUCGAAGAAUCAGCCCGUGGUGAAGCGAAAGAAAAGUUUGGUGCCGAUGUUAGGGCAUCAAGAGGAUCAAUAACCUGGAAAAUUCCGUUGGACAAAGUGAAAGAUGUUUUUAAAAUGGGAUCGAUAGACAACUUCAAGGUUGUUAUGCACAGUAUAUCACAUUUUCGAUUUACUGAUCAGCAUGACAGUCUUUCUAGACUGCAGCAAAUGGUUGCAGAUGUUGAUUGGGAAUCUGGACUUAAAGUUUGGAGAAAGUUUAAUGAUUUUCCACACCCUAUUCCUUCUAAGCCUGAAGUUAUUCCUUCCCCAGAAGAACUUGUUGAUGUUGUUGUUAUUAACAAAGAGAAAUUACCCAAAGCUCAAUCUAAAGAAGAAAAGAAGAAAAAGAAAUGGGGAAAAGGGAAGAAGAAAGAUAAGAGAAGAUCAGAAGGAAAAGGCGGAGGAAAGGGAGAUGUUUCCAAAUUAGAACAUGGAGAUUGUGUUGAUCCAAGUUGUGUUGCAGAAACAGAACAAAUAAUAAAUGAAUUAACUGAUUCACAAGACCUUAUAGAUGCACAUAGAAAUGAAGAUGAUAAAGUUACUGAAUACUCUUUGGCUGAGGCAGAUAUUGUAGAGAAAUUAGACAGUGUAGACACAGAGGAUACAAGUAAUGAAGUUGUAGCAGGUGAGAAUAAGAAAAUCUCCCCUUACAAACUUCCACCAAAGACAGUUAUUAUAAAGCGACGUGAGGAUAGUGAAAAUAUAAAAAUUGACAUCAAAGUUUUGCUGCCUAACCCAGAGGAAGAUGCUUUCCCCAAAAAAUUAGAAGAAGGGGACCAAAGGGAUGUUGAACCAAUGGAAGUUGAUAUGUCUCUUCUUAAUGCUAGUGUAACCUCCACACUGCAAACUAAUGAGGACUUAUCAAACAAGGAAUCAGAUUUGGUUAAAGUUGAUAAUAAGAAAGAUGAAAUUGAAACAUUAGAUUUAACCCCCACAUUGCAAAUUAGUGAGGACUUAUCAAACAGGGAAUCAGAUUUGGUUAAAGUUGAUAAUAAGAAAGAUGAAAUUGAAACAAUAGAUCUAACCUCCUCGUUGCAAAUUAGUGAGGACUUAUCAAACAGGGAAUCAGAUUUGGUUAAAGUUGAUAAUGAAAAAGAUGAAAUAGAAAUAAAAGAUUUAAGUGAUGAAAUUGAGAAAACCACCAAAGGAAGUUGUUCAAGUCUUAAGGAAAAUGAAUUUGCCUCUAGUGUUAUUGAAAAACUUAAAUCCCCACCAAGUAGUCCAGCCCGGGAUUUCAAUGCUGUGCACAAUAUGUCACCAAAAAAUACAAGCACCCCACCACCCACUCCAAUAAGAAAUUUUGUCAGUCCUUUUUCUGAUACCCCACCUGCAGAAGAUGAGGGUGGAGACUUUAACUUUGAAAAUUUAGUACAAAAUGAAGGUAGCAGUGUAGAUCCUGUUUCCUUUAGUGAUAUCUCCACAAAGAAGUUAAGUGACGAUGCCUUGACAGAAACAACGAUGACACAUCAAGAACCAGUUGAGUCUACAGUGUCACCUUCACAAGGACUUGUUGAAUCUAUGGAGCAAAAUCUCAUAUCUGCAGUGUCACCAUCACAAGGACUAGGUGUUGCUGUGAAUGAAGCCACAACUUUAGUAGAAGCAAAGAAGGAACGAGAUCCAACCAAGCCAACAUUUCGUGUAACCUGCAAUAGAGUAGGAGAUUAUCAUCCAUUUGAUUCACCAUCUGCAGCUGCUAGCUUUGGCAGUGCAAUUAUAACUUACCAUAAGUGGGCAGUGGAUCUUAAAAAUUUUGAUAUUGAGGUUAUUCUUAACAUUGAUAAUGAACAAGUUACUGUGUCCCUGGCACUAACAAAGAACAGUCUACACAUGCGAAAUCUGGUGGCUUUUGGACCCACCACAUUGAGAGCAACUAUUUGCUACAACAUGCUGAGACUUUGUCACAUAAAAAAUGGAGAUUUUAUUUGCGAUCCUAUGUGUGGUACCGGAGCCAUUCCUAUAGAAGGUGCUGUCAACUGGCAAAAUUGUUUUCACAUUGGUGGGGACUGUCACGAUAAAGCUAUUGCAAGAACUGUAGAAAAUAUUGCAGCUAUUCAAGAAAAGACUAUGAUAGAUAAAAAAUCCACCUUAAAACUCGAUGCUGUUCAAUGGAACAUAGAACACUUUCCUUUGAGGGAUCGUUGUGUUGAUGUCUUUAUUUCUGAUCUGCCAUUUGGCCAUAGACUAGGCAGCAGAAGCAUAAAUCGCUCUCUGUACCCAUGUUUGUUGAAUGAAAUGGCCAGAACUGCAAACAAUGGAGCAAGAGCUUGUCUGCUGACUGAAGAUAAAGCUAAUCUCAUUAGGGCAAUACAACUGGUAGGAAAAUACUGGCAGCGUCGACUUGUUCUUAGCAUUAAUAUAGGAGGAUUGUCUGGUUUUGUAUUUCUUCUGACUCGCACAACUGCGGCCAUGGCACCUUUGUGGGGAAGGUGGAAUGAGGAUUCAAAUUCUUCUACCACUGUGGAAGACCAGGUGGAACCAACUCUCAUCCCUAGCCCUAAUAAAAAUGAAAGUCAUGGAGACCAUGUCACAACACCAGAUGUAAACUGCUGCAGUGGUGUGGAGGUGCCAGUUUCAUUUCUACCAGAGGCUGAAGGUAAAGAUACAGAAAAUUUAGUUCCAUGAAGGAAAUGCAAGCUGUGAUGGACAUUAUGAUGGUGAUAAGUGUAAAUAAUUUUAGUUAUGUGAUCUUAGUUUUUCAAGUUAUUUACUGUUGUUCUUGUGCCUUAUUUUCUGAGUUGUGUAAGUUUACUAUUUUCAGACUAGUCAGAAUUAUGCCUUUUAAUUUGAAUGUGCUAUUGUGCUAAAUACUUCAAAAAUAUUUUUUUAGCCACUACAUUGGUGUUUCUGGUUUUGUGCUUUAGCCAAAAAAUGGGAAGACUAUAAAAAUAAUCUUUUUGUAAAUCAGUCAAGCUUUUUUAAAAUUAUCAUGACCUUCUUUUCAGGAGGCUAAAUUUGCACUCAGUGUUUCUUGUUUAAAUUAUUUUUCAGCAUAGUACUUAACCAUGGGUAAUUAAGAACUUUUUUUAAAAAAGCUAUCAAUAAUUGGAGAAUUGUGUUUGGCCAUCACAAAUUUCUUGUGUUGAAAAACAUUGCAGUGAAUAUAUUUCAUAUAAUUUCCAUUUAGAUAUGUGCAUGGUAAAAAAAGGAUAUUUAAGUCAGAAACCAAAUGUUUUUUGCUAAUCAUGUUUAGUUUGAAAAAAAUGAUUGUUUUUUUUAAGUUGUUGACCCAUUGACAGUUUAUUUUU